UGCUCUCCGGCCUUCGCUUAUGCCGCCCAAGGACGACAAGAAGAAGAAAGAUGCCGGAAAGUCGGCCAAGAAAGACAAAGAUCCAGUGAACAAAUCUGGCGGCAAGGCCAAAAAGAAGAAGUGGUCCAAAGGCAAAGUUCGGGACAAGCUCAAUAACCUAGUCUUGUUUGACAAAGCAACAUAUGACAAACUCUGUAAAGAAGUUCCCAACUAUAAGCUUAUAACUCCAGCUGUCGUCUCUGAGAGACUGAAGAUUCGUGGUUCCCUGGCCAGAGCAGCCCUUCAGGAACUCCUUAGUAAAGGACUUAUUAAACUGGUUUCAAAGCACAGAGCUCAAGUGAUUUACACCAGAAACACCGAGGGUGGAGAUGCCCCAGCUGCUGGUGAAGAUGCAUGAACAGGUCCCACCAGG